UCCUCCUCCUCUCUUACCUCUUCUUCUCCCUUUUCUUCCUCCCUCCCCCCUUUGGGGUCAUACUCCUGACUCAGGUGCUACUUCUUCCUCCUCCUCCUCCCCUCUGCCUCGUGCUGAUCCUGGCCCUCGAGGGCACUUCUUCCUCCUCCUCCUGGCUCCCUCCUCAGGGGCUGUCCCUCCUCCUGGCGAGAGCCCCGGCGCCUGGGUCUGGGGAGCAGAGGCCGUCCGAUGGGGCGGAGGGGCGGCGGCAGGGCUGCCCGGGGGCGCCUGGGUCCGUGGCGGGGGCCUUGCCCUGGGCUGCCGCUGGGGCCGCUGCUGCUGCUGCUGCUGCUGGGGCUGCUGGGGCUGGCGGUGGCGCUGGGAGAGGCGUGGACCUUCCGCCAGGAGCCCGAGGAGAGCGGCGACAGGGAGGUGUGUUCGGAGAGCAAGGUCGCCACCACCAGGUAUUCCUGCCUCAAGCCCAGCGGGGAGCUCGCCACCUGCUUCAGGAAAAAGUGCUGUAAGGGUUAUAAGUUUGUUCUUGGACAAUGUAUUCCUGAAGAUUAUGAUGUCUGCGCAGAUGCUCCUUGUGAACAACAGUGUACAGACAACUUUGGACGUGUUUUAUGUACCUGCUACCCUGGUUACCGAUAUGACCGUGAAAGACACAGGAACAGGGUGAAACCCUAUUGUUUAGAUAUUGAUGAGUGCACCACAAGCAAUGAUUCACUCUGCCCCCACAUCUGUGUCAAUACCCCUGGCAGCUAUCGUUGCGAGUGCCAAGAAGGCUAUAUACGUGAAGAGGAUGGGAAAACAUGCACCAAAGGUGACAAAGCAGGGUUCUCAGAGAAGACAGAGAAUGUGGUGAAACCAGGGGUGUGCUGUGCCUCUUGCAAAGAAUUCUAUCAAGUAAAACAAACAGUGUUGCAAUUGAAACAAAAGAUUGCCUUGUUACCAAACAAUGCUGCUGACCUUAGCAAAACCAUCACAGGAGAAAAAGUACUGGCAUCCAAUGCCUAUAUACCAGGCCCUCCUGGACAACCAGGUGAUCGGGGUCCUCCAGGUGCUGUAGGUCCAAAAGGGAGUCCUGGAUUUCCUGGAUCUCCUGGCCCUCCAGGCCUGCCGGGUCCUAGAGGAGCGAUGGGGCCAAUGGGGCCAUCUCCAGACUUGUCCCAUAUUAAACAGGGCAGACGGGGCCCAGUGGGUCCUCCAGGGGCACCAGGAAGAGAUGGAGCAAAGGGUGAGAGAGGUGCACCAGGAGAAAAAGGACCACCUGGGCCCCCAGGUUCUUUUGAUUUCCUGUUACUGAUGAUGGCAGACAUCAGGAAUGACAUCGCAGAGCUGCAAGAGAGAGUAUUUGGGCACAGGACUCAUUCAUCAGCAGAAGAGUUUCCAUUACCUCAGGAAUUCAUGAACUAUCAGGACGUGGUGGAUCUGGGUUCUGGAGAGGACUACAAACAAAGGACUACAUCAAAAGACUCCAGAAUACCCAGGGAAAGCAAUCAUUAAAAAGAGCUUGCAGCUUUGAAAGAAGUUUUUAAAAUGAGGACAGUGAUCGACAAGCCAUUUAAGACAGCAUACUUGCAUAUAUCCCAGUUUAUCCCUGUGGAAAUAAACAGGAAACAGGAUGGUAUGCAUAUUUCAAUGGGAUUACCACAUUCCCUUCCUCAAGUAUUACACACAGGCAAGACCAAAUUGAAAGUGAAAUAACAUGACAAUCUGGCAGUUCUCAUAUGAAGUGAUUUGUUGCUGGAAUGUACCAGUUCUGAGUUCCAGUGGGGAAGUGCACAGAUGAAUGAUCCACUUGUAUGUAAAAAACUAGUCUGCCAGAAAGAAGUGUCCUACACUGGACCUUCUACUGGUAUGCUAGAUUUUGUGUAUUGGGAGAUAUUUGGUUGCUUCUAUCUUUUAAACUGGAGAAUGUUCAAAUAUUUGAUCUCCUAGCUGCACUCUGAAAUCCUACAGUCUACCAGUAUCACCCAGCUCUCAAAAGCAAGAGACAUUAGUCCUGAAGCAUGGUGUUAGUUUUUGUGUGGUUGUGGCCAUUGCAGCUUGCUCUUGACAACAUCUGCAUUGAAAGAAAAGACUUAGCCAGUGUUGCUCACACAGCCUUCCUCCUGUCCUGUCCUUUCUACAGUGUUGACACUGGCCAAGAUUGUGUUCAGCAUUGUGGGGCAUCACGGUACAUACCUGUGACAUUCCAGGUGACAUUCCAGUAGCUAUUUGAGGUAGUGGGAUGGCAGAGCUGUGCUAUGAACCAGACUGUCUCUAGCCAGCCCAUUGCACUGUUGGCAAAAGGGGAACUGCUUGUGUAAGGCAGUAUGGGUUAUAUUUUCAUGCAAGUGUGAAAAAAAGUACAACUGCUGGUAUAACUCAGAGUUAUGUAAGCAUAGUCACCCAACAGAAUUUCAGGUCUACUCUUCUUAUUAACCAAGAUUUCUUAAUGUUGUCAUUAACUGCAUUCAGCAUUGACACAUGGCAGCCCUGUGAAUGAGACAUCUCCAAGACACCCCGUACUCAGCCGCUCUGCUCAGGUCCUGCUGGCUCAGGGCCGCAGCCUACUUGAUUGAGUCUAUUCAUCUGGUAUGCAACCUUCGUCUCUUCCCACUGCCCUCCAUCUUUCCUAGCAUUAUUGUCUUUUCUAAUGAGUCUAUGAUGUGGCCGAAGUAUGACAGCCUCAGUUUAGUCAUCUUGGCUUCCAGGGAUGCCAAAGAUUAAAGAUGUCUCAAUAUUCCUCCAUUAUUCUAGAUUACAUUUCAUUUUCCUUUCUGUUGUAAAAAGUGAGCAGCUGCAAUAUUUAAUAAUUUGAAAUAAAUGGUGAUCCUCCCAUUCAUUCACCCAUGUUAACGUGCAUAAUACUAAAAUAAACCAAAUUAUUUUGUCAGAAAAAUCUAACAAGCAUCCCUGAUAGUAAAAAAAUACCAACGUCACUCAAAAUCUGCUAUCCAAGACAACUGCCUCAUUUUGCUUAACAUAGGGCUGGCUCUGCAUACAAUGGUCUAACAUUGGCACAGAUGAGGAUAUCUCAUAUCUUAAACAGCAAGUGUUGUGAAAUAAGUAAAUAGAGUUGGUCCUCCGCAUUUGUUGGGGUUCAUGCAGGACCCCCAUGAAAGUGGAAAAACCAAAAAUAAAAAAAUAUCACUAUUAUGUUUACUUGAAAGAAUGUCUCCCUAGGAACCUAGGUACUCCAGCACAACUCUGUGGUCAACAUCAAGCAGAUGUUGACCAUAGAGUUGUGCUGGAGAACCUACAAAUGUUUGAGAAGUGUUUUCUCUAGGAAUCUCUAGGUCCUCCAGUGUAACACUAUGGUCAGUUUCUGGCAGAGUUUUGCUGGAGGACCAAGAGAUUUCUAAAGAGAACCUAUUAAUCUAAGCCACAAACAUGGAGGGUCAACUGUAUGUUCCAACCACAUCUUUGUAAAUUUCUAUGGUUCAUGGAACUAUAAACUGGCUUUAAUACAAGUAUCAUGGCUUGAAUGGCUUGUAGACUACACUGUCCACAAGAGUUGUAGAAUAUUUUUAAAAUGCACUGAUAAUGUAAAAUGUUAUAUAUGUAUUUUAUUGUUCAAAGGUUUCCCUCUUUUUUAUUUUCUACCCUUUUUCCCUUCCAAUAAAUAUCCAAAGAUAUUUACUGGAAGUAAACAUAGGGCAACCUGUGUAUAUCCAAAUAAGAAUUGGACCACAAAGGGAGAUCUAAAUAUGGAUUUGCAAUAGAUUUUAUGUUUGGAUUUGCAGUGGGUUUUCUUCACAAAGAAUUUUAAAAGGUGACUGUAUGUGACUAUUGACAUUUCUAAGUAUAGCUGCAUUAUUUUUUUUAAAAAAGUGGUCACAAAUGUGACCUUAUCUGUUUCUCAGUAAAACAAUGAAAUUAAGAUUCCUUUUUUAAAAAAGAAAAAUAUAUUUUUAGCUAGCAAGGUAAGUUCAGAAGAGGUUUGCCAUUGCCUUCCCCUGAGGCUGAGAGCAUGUGAUUUGCCCAUGGUCACCCAAAAGGUUUCAUGGCUGAGCAGGGAACUGAACCCUGGUUUCCAGAGUUGUAGUCAGUGACUCAAAUCACUAUGCCAUGCUGGCUGUCCUAGGAUAUAGCAUAUAGGUUUAAAGAGAAUUGGUCCUUUCUAUAGCAUGGUGAUUGUGUCAAUAUGUUUUUAACACAAACAUUGACAAACUUUAAUUUAUUUUGGAGGAGAAAGCAGUGAAUAUUUGUGUUCUUUACAAUAUUUUUUUCUUUUACACCUAUCGGGAUGCUGUAACAGUGGACUUCCUGAAUUAGCAAAAUAAUAGAUUAGAUAACUGAAGUUCCCUCCAACUUUAUGAUUAUUGGCUACUUGGUUAUGAAACCAGAGUAGUGAACUUUAUAAUUAUUGACUUCUUGGUCAUGAAAACUAGAGUGGUGAAGUGGCUUGAACAUUGGACUACAGCUCAGGAGACCCACUUGGCCAUGGAAACCCACUGGAUGACUUUGGGCAAAUCACAUUCUCUCAGACUCAGAGGAAGCCAAAGGCAACCCCCCUUUGAACAAAUCUUACCACCACCACCCUGAAAAAAAUCUUUGUGAUAGACUUGAUUCAGGGUCACUAUAAGUUGGAAACAACUUGAAGGCACACAACAACUUUGCUAUAAGGAUUGGCAGAUGGAGCCAAGCAGAUUCCUUCAGAGAGGUAGCAAAAAGGGUAGCAAGUAUCACUGGCUUUGUGGGUAAUCUUUUGGGAGCAUGCAGUGCUGGUUGAAGCCACAUUCAAAAGGAGACAAAAUAAUUAUUUUGUUCUCUGCUGUCCCCUUUUGCACUCCAUUUCUUUCUUGUAGCUGCUGGGGUGGGGUGGGGGGAAUAGAUUUUGCCAGAGGCCUAAAUGAAUUACUUACAGAAAGCUUUGGAAAAAUUCCAUGGACCACAAUAUUUGUUUUCCUUCAGGCUUUUUCUCUCCCUUCUUUUUUGGUGACUGGGGAAUGGAGCAUAUGGACUAUUCUUCAUGUUAUUCUGAAUUUAAACCAUUAGUCACCUAACAUUUCUGAUAAAAUCCACUGCAAUCCUAUUUCUUACUCAUGUUAUCUCUGGUAAAAUACAGAUAGUCUUGUAUGCCAGCACUCCUUCCAAAUUCUCUUUCAAGUUUUCAAAGCCAGCUAUAACUUGUAUACAACUCCAGUUUCAUCCACUCCAGUUUCGUCCAUGUCCACAGGAGAAGAGAUUAUGGCUGGUCCAUAAUAAGGAAGGGGGAAAAUCAUUUAUAUGCAAGUACUGGCUUGAGGACUGCAAUGCCCAUUGGAUUUCAGAUCAUUUGUAAUGCUUUACGAAAACCUCACUAGCAUUAAUCAGCUGACCCACUACUUUGUUUCCAUUGUACAAGAUGGGUCCCUUCUGGGAGAAAAGCAGCAUACAAAUGAAAUAAAUAAAUAAAAAUAGAUGAGGCCAGGCCAGUCACCCUGCACUCUUCACACAAAGUCUGAGAUCCCACAUUAUCCUGCAUAUUGUAAGAGUUCUGCAGACAGAACUCCACUACAACUCCCCACCCCCAAGACUCAUAGUUUUGAUGCAAUAGGUCCCCUAAAUGGCUGUCCCAUGGCUGGUGGAAGGAGUGGGAGAGGGGGGAUUGAACAAGUAUCUGGCUAUGCCCCAUAGCUAGAUGCAAACUGAUGACACCUUCUACUCAGAUCUGCUGGGGUCUCAGCUUAUGAUGCCAUUGGUAUGGGACAUGGUCAAUCAUUUAUCCAAUCCUCCAACCCUCCACCAGCCACAAAAUGAGCAUUCAGAGGAACUAUCACAGCAAGACCAUAAAUGGGAGGGCUUUGUUCAUUGCAGAGGAUACAAAAUAAUGCAACUCAGCAACAGCCAAAAAAAGAUGGAGAAAUAAGGUGAUUGUAUGCUUAUGUAUGUCACUAUUGAAGGCCAGCUUGUGUGUCCUGUGUAUAGUCAUUGGUUCACAUGGAGUAACUUUCUGUUUCCAUUCCCCACUCGACAUCCUUUAUGUGCAUAUGAACCUGUGCAAAGGAUCAACUGGAUUGGCCCUUGGAGCUUUAUGAGGCAGAGGGUUAAACAAUACAAGAACAAUAGAGCAUAGUUGGAUGAAACCUUGUGGAUAGGAUCCAGUAAAAAUGCAGGACAUUUAAGCUGCAUUGAGUCCAGUCAGAUUGAACUGGAUCAUGUUCAUUAUUACUUUAUUGGAGACACAUUUACAACACCUAAUGUCAUGAGAUUUGUAUGUGUUGAGUGGUGUAUUUAGAUUGCUAAAAGUGGUAAUGAAAUGUGUCCUGAAAUAAAAUACAGGUUUACUGGAAUAUGGUUUUGAAAAAGCAUAGUCGCAAAGAUACUAUAUCAUGCAGGGAUGGGGAAACUUAUCCCUGAAUCCAAAUGUGGCCCUCCUAUGGCCAAACCCUCUCUCCUUUCCCAGAUGGCCACAACCUCCUCUCUAUAACAUCUUAUUUUGCAGUUUCAUGCAGGGGUUUUCCCCUGAGCUAGUCAAAGAAACUUACCUAAAGUUUAAUUACUGACAGUAUGAUUUUUGAACUAAAACAUACUGAUAUUUGGGGUCCCAUUUUUGUGCCUUUGACCCCAGCUGCCACUGCAAUGUGGCCCUUUAAAACUUCUCUGGAGGUUGAUCUUCAGACUGAUAGAGGUUCCUCAGCCUUGAUGUGAUGUUAUCUCAGGCCACAAUCUGAAAUCCAUCCAAAUAUUGGGUAAGGGAUUGGAGAUACAAUGGAAGUGCUUCCCUAUCAAUAGAGAGAUGGUCUGUUGGUGGAGCAUAACUUAUAUCAUGGAAAGAGCUUUGGGUUACAGCCACAGAAACCACUGUGGAUGUUGAUGUACCACUGCAGUGUAUUACUGACAGUAUAACUCAAAGGAGUGUGUAUCGGGGACAAAACAUGAGAAAUCAUGGGAGCAGGGGACAAAAAUCCCCAACAUGAUCUAGCUGCUGGAGUUUUUUCCCAUCCCCCCAGAUUUAAUGGGAGGGAAUAUUUCAAAAAAUCAUAAGAAAAGAAAGAGAAGGAUCCCGCCGACUCUUGUGACAGCUGGUGACUCUGAUACCAGUGUAGUGGUGAAUCUGCUCUGGGUUUUAGUGUGAACCUGAAGGAAGUUGUCUAACCUGCUGGAGAUAUUCUGGGGCUAGGGUUCAACACCUUGGACAGCUCCUUUAAAACUGAAACUAGAGCUUGGCGUGGAUUCACCACCUCAAGGACACUGAAGCCUUCAGAUGGCACUGACCAUUUCCAGCCUGGUUGGAGUAACAAUACAUGUCUCUCCUUGAUAUUGUUUUCUAAAGAUGAUCAGGAAAGGCAAUAUUGUUGAUUUCAGUGAAACUUCUCAGGUUAGAAAGCAUGAACACCUUCUCCUAGGUAUGUUUCCUUAGAAGUAAGUUUCACUCCUUUUCACAGGACUUUCCUUGAAAUCAAAGAAUGCAAAAUUACAGGUUUAAUGUGUACAUGUAGCAUUUGUGCAUGUUUAUGUAGUACUCAGUGAUUUCCAGAGAGAGGAAAUGUUUGUGCCAUUUAGCUUAAGCCAAUAAACAAACAAAAAGGAUAACAUAAUGCCCUAUCAUCUUAAAAGGUUCCAUGGAGAUCUUAAUGCCUGCCCCGUCUGAAAUCAUUUGUAAUCAUGCAAACAAUUAACCUGGAAUUUCUCCUAGGCCUGUCCCAUAGUAAUGAAUAGAUAGGAGGCAAGAGUAGACUAAUUACCAUUAGAUUUGUGCCCAGUCUCUCUUGGAGGUCUUAUUUCACAAGUAAAUAAACAGAAACAACUGCAUACUAAUGAUGGGUCCUACACUAUCAUUCCUUUCCCUAUUUCUGUAAAAGAUACACUGCUUUGUUCUUUUGUGCACAUUUAUAAAGUUAUGCAGCACACAAUUAUUUAUAAUAAAAUAUGAAGUAUUAGAGUGUAUAAAGCUGUGAUUUAUGUAUUUGCAAUUAAAGAAAGCUAUUUUUUCGUAA